UUAAUAGUUUCUAUGGAUACCAUUUUUUAUUUGUAAAUUAGCAAAAAUUUUUACUCUCAGGUUAACUUUGAGAAUUUUUCGACUUUCAAGAUUAUCUUAAAUUUUUUGAAUUUUUCUCAAAGCCUGCGUCGUUGACAGUUUUCAGUUUUAAUUAUUUAAAUUAUUUGUAACGAUGAGCUCGAAGGCGCAAAAGUUGUUUGCCAAACUCAAACGAUUACACGGAAAACCUAAAAUUCCAUUUAAGAAACAGACUCCUGUCAAUAAAAACAAAAGUUUGAUUGACAAUCCUAAUAUUGAAUCUAUUAGUAAAAUUACAGCAAAAGACAAGUCGAAGCGUUCGCAUCGCAAAUCUACUCGGUCUAAUGCAGCUCCAGUAACUGAGGAAGACUCUGAACCGUUUGUCAAAGAAAUAAAAAUUAUUAAUCAAUCACGUUCAUCUUAUUGGAGGGAUCCAUAUGAAAUACUCGCGGAACAGUUUUCGACACACAUUGACGAAUCAUCUACGAAAAGAAAAAUCGAACAUGACGAUGAGACCUAUGUAGUUGAACGUCAAAAAAGUUAUGAAAAUAUGGAUAAACAUCCAUCUACUUCAGAUAAGUCGUCAGAACUGUAUAAUAGUUCACAUUCAUUAAAGAGGGCAAACACUUUUGACGGAUAUGAACCAUCAAAGAAGUGUAGAUACUCUAGUUGUGUAGAGUUUCAUUCUAGUAAAUAUGGGCCACAAAAUAGAGUGGUGUUGAAGAUUAGGGCCACGUCUUCAACAUCUGAUUCAGACGACGAAUCAAAAAUUACAAAUGAUUCAGAAACUGACUGCCAUCAUGGCAACGGACAUUCCUCUAACACAGCACGGCCUACAAAAGCUCUGGACACAUGUAAAUCGUCAAAGAAACUUGAAUAUUCGAGUAGUGUAGAGAUUUACGUGGCGCAAUCAGAUGAAUUAAAAGACAAAAUAAUAUUAAAGAUUUCAAAAAUAAACUUUUCGGAUGAUGAUGAUUUUUCUUCUAGCUCUGAUUUUAGUUCUCAUUCCGUUUCUGAUGAUUCAGAACAUGAAUAAAAUUUUAAUAGUUCUAUAUUAUUUUAUAACCCAUCAAACAGUGUCCAAGGACAUUUUUAAUUGAGUUACCCUUUUACCUCCCUUAUUUCAUGUAAUUAAAUUGAUUAAACUUUUAAAACGUUCCUUUCAUCAUCCCUAUUAAAAUUAUUAAAUUAUCCUUAUUUUAUAUUUUUGUAUAUAUACAAAGAAAAAAGCAUGAACUGUACACAUUUAUUA